CUUGCAAGAGAGAGAUACUCCAUUGGGAGUUACAGGAAAAUGAAGAGGCUGUUAGGUUUUGUUGUGUUGUUGGUAGUGGGUAUAAGCAAUAGGAUCAAUGGUGAAGUUUCAGGGCGUAGCUGGAGUGAGAUUGACAAAAUUAACAGUAAAGGGCCAUAUAUUGGCAUAGUGGUGCCAAAUGCUUUUGAGAUGAAUCCUCUUCUUCAAUCAUCUAGCUUUCAGGCUGAUCCCACCUUGCCUUUCUUUGAUUUUGCAGGCAAACGAUUUCGCAUAGGGGAGUUGGAAAAGAAGAGAGUUAUAAUUGUUAUGACCGGAUUGAGCAUGUUAAAUGCAGGAUUUGCAACUCAGUUGUUGGUGACACUGUUCAAAGUGAAAGGGGUACUUCAUUAUGGGAUUGCAGGAAAUGCAAAUCCAGGCCUACAAAUUGGAGAUGUUACCAUUCCACAAUUUUGGGCUCAUACAGGACUUUGGAACUGGCAGAGAUUUGGAGAUGGUCCUGAGGAUGAGCUAGCUUUGGAAGUAAAUGGAGACUACACCAGAAAAUUUGGGUAUCUCAAGUUCUCUAAUUUCAAUAACUACACAAAGUCAGUGCCAAAUCUGUUGAACAAUGUUUGGUACCAACCAGAGGAAGUUUUCCCAGUCAACAACAUCCCAGAAGUGAGGCAGCAUGCUUUCUGGGUUCCUGUGGACAAAACCUACUUCAACAUCGCAACAAAACUCAAGAAUGUGAAAUUAGGUGGCUGUGUGAACACAACUUGCUUACCCAGAGACCCUAAAGUGGUGAGAGUGAAUAGAGGGGUUAGCAGUGAUGUAUUUGUUGAUAACAGAGCUUACAGAGAAUUCUUGAGCUCCAAAUUUCAUGCCACACCAAUUGACAUGGAAAGUGCAGCUGUUGCUCUGACAUGUCUUCAGUGCAAAACUCCUUUCAUUGCCAUUAGAGCUUUGUCUGAUUUAGCAGGUGGAGGUUCUUCACUCUCCAAUGAAGCUUCUCUCUUUGCAUCUUUAGCAUCUCAGAAUGCUGUCAUUGUUGUUAUCAGAUUCAUCUCCUUGUUGAGCUCAUCAUAGCUUUUUUGUUGAUCUGUUCGGACAUGGGAAAUUUGAAAAGAAAUAAAAAAAAAUUGUAAAUUUUCCAUGGGAUCAGGAGUGAUUGUUAUGUGCGUGCAUGUGUGACUAUGUAUGUUAUGUUGCACAUUUUGCUACUUGCCCUUGGCAUUUGGUUCUUGAGUUGCUAUAUGAGGUAAAUUUUCAAAACAA